CAGUUUGUCCACCACUAGUAAUGUUUUGAUACGACUUGACGUGAACAUCUGGAAUUAUUUUGUAAAGUGCAAUAAAUUGAGGGUGGCUGGAGAACCCUGGAUGAAAGAGGGGCGCCAUGGUGUACAUCGACCAUAAUGGGCGCGUGUGGGAGAAACGACCUUGGGACUGGAGAAGAAUAGUGGAGCUACUUGUGGGGAUAUGGUUUGCCAUCAAGCAGCUAUUCCUGUCUUUUCUGGCCCCCUUCAUGGGCACCGAUAACCAGGCCAAUUCACGUCGUGGAAAUGGAUGGGGCGGUGGUGGAGGAGGCGGAGGAGGAUGGGGUGGUGGCGGAGGCGGUGGAGGAGGAGGUGGCGGAGGAAGACCUGGAUCAGGAGGACUAAGACCAAACCGCCGGAUUGGACGCAUCCAGCCCUCAAUGAGCUGCAAUAUGCCCGCGGGAGGCGGAUGAGGAUAGUAGCGACAUCCGGUUCCCAAAACUCUUGGGAGGAUGUCGCGCCGACAAGAGGUUGGCCACGCCAAGCAGCACCACAAAAUGGCCCGGAAAUCGAGGUUUAUCUCGCCCCAGUGGCGCCUAUGACGCAGUUCUCCCAAACUCGGACUCGAGCGGAGUGCUGCUGAACACGAUUAAUCACUGAUUUCUGGGUCGCUGCUUACGUGGCCAUCGUCGGUCCCAUGAGCUUAUAAACAAGCUCCAGUUUAGCUAAAGGUUUUUAAAUCGGUCUACGGGUUUAUGUGUAGCAGCAUAAAGAAACAUUUGUAUAUUUUAAUCCUGUCGAAAUGUUCAAAUAAAAACCAAGAAUAACUUUUUCAAA